UUCACACUUCCGGUCAUAUUUGACGUUUCGCUGGACCACGAAAACCGGCCUGGGUUGGCACUGUGCAAACCUAAACAAGUAAAGUGGAAAUGAAUAUUUGACGACAAAAAUGAUAUCAGUGACUCCUAGAGUCACACCACUAUCUGUUGGACUGAGACAAAAGGGAAGUAACUCUGCACUGUAUGAAAUGUCUCAAAAAUCUGCUAUAGUUCCUAUGCCAGAACCAGAAUACUCAAAUAAGAAAAUAGCAGAAAUUAAGAUUGGAUUUAUUGAUAUAUCAGGAUUUUCGCCAACUAUGCAAUUCAUCCUGCUUACAGUUGCUGUGUUUGUGUUUUAUUUGGUAUAUGGUUAUAUGCAAGAACUUAUAUUUAAACUUGAUGGAUUCAGACCGUUUGGGUGGUACCUUACACUGGUGCAGUUUGGACUAUACACCAUAUUUGGUCUAACAGAACUACAGUUUAAAGCUGAUAAAGAAAGAAGGAUUCCACUUUCAUCGUAUGUUGUGAUAGCAUUCUUAACAGUGUCAACAAUGGGGUUGUCUAAUACCUCUGUAGGAUAUUUGAAUUAUCCAACACAAGUUAUCUUUAAAUGUUGUAAACUUAUACCAGUAAUGUUUGGAGGAGUCUUAAUUCAGGGUAAAAAGUACAAUUGUAUAGAUGUAACUGCAGUAUUAUGUAUGUGUAUAGGAUUAAUUUUAUUUACCCUUGCUGACAGCAGUGUAUCACCUAGUUUUAAUACAUAUGGUGUGAUAUUGAUAUCAUUAGCCUUACUAGCAGAUGGUGCUAUUGGAAAUGUACAAGAGAAAGCAUUGAAACAGUAUCAAGGAUCUAAUUCAGAAAUGGUUUUAUAUUCAUAUUCAAUAGGAUUUAUAUACAUAUUAGUUGGUUUAGUUGUAUCGGGAAAAUUACUUCCAGCCUUUGAAUUUUGUAAAGAUUAUUCUGUGGAGACAUAUGGAUAUGCUGUGAUAUUUUCAAUUUCUGGAUAUUGUGGUGUAAAUAUUGUAUUGACAUUAGUUAAGUCUUUUGGAGCUUUGAUAGCUGUUACAGUUACCACCUGUAGGAAAGCUAUUACUAUAAUUUUGUCAUUUAUGUUCUUUGCAAAGCCAUUUACUGUCCAGUAUGUGUGGUCUGGUUUAAUUGUAGUGUUCGGAAUCUAUUUAAAUGUAUAUAGUAAAAACAAGGAUUCCUGGGAUACAUAUUUAUUAAUUAAGUACAAUGAAGUCAAAUCAUUACUAGGGUAUACCAGUAUAUACAGAAAAUAUCCAUCAGCAGCAACAGAUGUAUAACAUGUUUGUAUUUUGUGAUAGUUUUACAAAGGGCAUACUCAAUUGCUUUCGUACAAUGUGUAUCAAUCUAAGUGAACCGUAUCAAACAGACGGUGAAAGGUCAGAGCAUUGAUAUUGUUUGAAAAUUGGUACAGUUUGGACAUUUCUUCCUUUUGAUUAUAUGGCUGAACAAGUGUUAUAGGAUAACUUUUGUAGGCCUCACAAAAAUGUUUGAUUCAACAGAUUUGUCAAAAUUUCAGGUGUUGAUAAGUUUCUCCAGUGUGUACUAAAGGAUCAUAAUUUUAUAACAUUUUCUUAAUAGAAAACAAAGGAUAUGGGUAUACAUCCAUGACACAAAAUCAGUACAUGUACAGCAAACAAAAGAACAGUGUUUUUAUUGCUGUUCUUCAUCUCAAAGUCACAAAGAGGCCUUCAACACAGAGUCAUAAAUUUCAUUCUUUCAAGGUAGAUUAUCAUCAAAAGUGGUGUAAUUACAUAAAUUUAAAACCAUAGUACCAUGACUUAUUUAAUUAAGUUACUUCAAAUAUUACAACAUUUUUUUUUUAUUGGAUAGAAUUACUCCUUUUGCUUUGUCAGAUGUAGUAUUAGAAAAGUUUAUGGUUUAUAAAUGUAUCAUUUUAUGUUAGUGGGUUGUGUACUUAUUUGUAUUGUUUUGAAUCUCUUUGUACUGUAUGCAAUAUUUCUGAAAAUAAAAAUAUAUUUUAGAA